GGAUGGUCGUCCUGUAGAAAAUUUGAGUUUUUUUUGCUACUGACAAAGUGGGUUUAUCACUACCAUACUAUGAACGCUGCUGUGAUGUCAUAUACUAGUCCUAGCGGGGUCCAUAUUAUGUAAUAUGAUCUAAUACAGAUAGUUUGGUCACUUGGUCAGGGACUGUCUCAUUCCAAACAUAUAUUGAUUCACAAGUACUGUCUUAAAACGGUAUUUUUCGUUCCUUGUUAAUUAUUUCAUUUUUAAAUGGGCAAUCUAGUAAUACGAAGUCAUUUUCUAAAAACACAACUGAGUCCUACAUAUGGAGUAUAAAAUAAACCGAAAUCAUGGUUAUUUGCAAAAAACUGGUUCCGAUCCCUGUACGCUAGUACUAGCACACAAAAAAAAGGGUUGACUAUAGGUUAUUUUUCUUCUUAUCUACUCUAUAUGUUCGCAAUAAAUGCUUCUUACUCCGACUAGAACUUGACAUUGUUAUACUGAGAAGCAAACAGCAAACUUGAAGCUUUAUAAAACGCUACCCAGAUGAGAUAGAACCAAAGGUGGCGCUAGGCGUGGGCGAUGUGGGCUACCGCCUACGGCCUCGCAGUCCGAGGGGCCUCGCGCCUCAAAUACAUGUAACUGGGAAGCAACGUAAAAAAAUAUUAGUUAUUUCUUGCGCCACCAGAGGGCGUCGCUAAAUGUCCCUUGCUCGCACAAAAUUUUGGUUUUGCCCCGCAACUGGAUAGAACAAUAGAAGACGCACUACAUACCGGAAUUCAGCACCGGAAUGUCUAUGCUCACGGAAUAAACCAAGAAUAAACUAGCUUUUGUACCAAUGGCGAGAAUAGAUCUAAAAUUGAAAACGAUUUGUUGUAACGUUUGUAGAGACCUUUAUUUUAGCUUGUAUUAUAUAUGUGUGAAGCAAAGAAUACAAUACUCACAAGUACUCACAAGGAGGUGUGAAGCGUCAAAUGUGGCCAAAUACAUUAUUGAUUGAUUGAAAAAUUAACCGGUUCAGGGUAAAACCGGUUCGAGUAAAUUGAUCGAGUCAUAAUAUUGGUUUUGGUUAAAAGAAAGAUAUAAAAAAAAAAUUACUUUGCCGCUGUAUGUACUGGUAUGUAAUGAAAUAAAUUUAAAUAGCUACAUAUGUUUACAAGGUUGACAACAUUACUUAAUUAAAAAAGAAAAAAAAAACGCCUCUUGUUCCGCGUACCGAUACAAUGCAAUGGCGAUCGCGAUUCGAGUUUAGAUUUUGUUAAACUUAAAAACCUUGAUUUCUUUUUGUUGUUGUACAGCGAUUCUCUGUAAUUGCUAUAGUUUUAGCUAAUUCGUAUGUGACAGUUCUUUACCGGAGUUUUCUACCAUGAUUUGUGUAACUACUUUGUAACAUGUCCGAAGAAAUGGACUUGAAUGUAAACAACCUCUCCGCUGCCGGAGAGGCUUUUGAGGUAUCCCAAUCAAAUUCCUCGUAUUUAGAAAAUGAGGGUAUCUCCUCUCCCGGCAGAGAGUGCUCGCAGCCUGCUGCCGUAGAUGCGGCCGAAUUAAGCGAUAUGUCAAUAGAAAACGAUCUCGUAUCGUCCACCAACAACGAGGAUCAAUCGCAACUGACUUACUGCAACUUAGAUGUAGGCAGCGAAGUGAACAUCAACGAAGAUGAGCCGGACGAAACGAACACCGCAUUUGAUCUUGGAAACGAGGCCAACUCGGAACCUCAUAAUUUACAUGAAACCGAUUAUGUGCAAGAACAAAGUAAUGCAGUCAGUAACGAUGUGGACAACGAGGUGGACAUGGAGUUAGACGAGACAGUGGAGACAGAAGCGGUGAGCAGCUCGGAAGUAUGUCAGCCUACUAGCUUAUCCUCUUCGAAACAAGGUAGAGGUAGGGGCAGAGGCAGAGGGAGAGCACGGGGAAGAGGGAGAGGGCGAGGCAAGGGCAGAGGUAGGAAAACAAUAACAAAUAAUGAUUCAACCUCCAUUAAUUUUGGCACAGACAUUUCUAGUGAUAUUAGUGCAAAUAUAAGUUCAGAACCUUUCCCUGAGAAUACAUUACAAUCCGCAAACAACAAUAUGGACUCAAUUCAAACGGAGACAAAUGGCUUUCUCGUAUCACCAAGUCAGAGUACGGAGACUCCCACUGAACAAGUCCCUGUAACUAGAAAAAGGGGCAGGAAAAAGAAAGAGCCACCUGUGCUAAGUGAUACUGGAAGCUUGGAAAGUCCAGAAGUUGUAAGUCCAAAAGUUCGUUGUAGAAGAGCUCCACCUAUUGUUAAAGAUACUGGAAGCUCUCAAAGUCCAGUAGUUGAAAGUCCAAGAGUUUCCCGUAGAAGAGGUCGGCCAAGGAAAAAUUCAAGUCUUAAUGAUAUAACUGAAAACCAAACAACAGUUAAUGGGGAUUCUUUACCUGUCAAUGCCAGCUCUACUGAAAUGAAAGACCUUAAUAAAAUGGUUAAAAAUUUGUCCCAACUUGAAGACAAAUUACGUAAAUUACAGGACAACCUUUCUAAUAUAGAGAAUUUAGAGGAAGAUGAAGAUGAUGAUGAAGAAGAUAUGUGCUUAAGUCAGCUGAAAACAUCAAUUGAUUGUGAAAAAGCAUCAGAAGCCAAGGAUCCCAUAUUGCAAGGGUUGCAAGAAAUGCCUUCUUCUCCAUUGGCUGAACCUGAGACAGAUAUGAUUGAGGAAAGUGCAAGCGCUCCUAGUGCGCCAAUCACUCAGGCUGAGGUCAUCAAGGACAAUGAUGCCACCACAACAGAAAGCAACACCCCUUUGACAGAAAAUGUUACAGAAGAUAAUGACACAUCAGAAAAAGUUACAACAGAAAAUAUAACUACAGAAAAUGUAACUACUGAAAAUGUAACUACAGAAAAUGUAACUACAGAAUGUGCAACUACAGAAAAUGCAACUACAGAAAAUGCCAUUGCAGAAAAAAUAAUAGGCAAAGAAGUUGAAAAUAAGUCUAUGGAUAAUAAUGAGUCACUUCUUGUUGAAGGUACUUCUAAGAGACCUAAGAGAAGAAAUGCAAGGAAAACAUUUAAAUACAGAAAUGAUGAUGAUUCCGAUGAAGAUCCAUUUGCUAAUGUUGAGCUAUCGGAUGAUGAUGAACCAAGGAGAAAAAAGAAAAGUGGCAGGUAUAACUCUGAUGAUGAAUACAUACCAGGAAGAAAAGGAAGGGAAAGCUCCAUAGACUCCUCAGAUAGUGCAGUUGGUGAUGCACUAGAUGAGUUAGAAGAGCUAAAAAUGACAACAAAAAAAAGAGGCCGAAUGAAAAAAGAAAUUCAAUUAGAAGAAGAGAAAAUGCCUCUUAUUUCAGACAUAGUUAGCCAGAGUCCAUUGAAAGCAUCAAGUUUGAAUCAAGUUGAAGAUAAAAAAGAGCCUUGGAGAUUUUCUCCAAAUGCAGUUCAAGAUUUGUGUGAUGAUACUGAAGUGCAACCAUCUGUAAACAAUGAAAUCAAACCUACACCACCUCCACAGUCAUCAAACACUUGGGGUUCAAGUAAGGAGUUUGAAAAUUUCCUUGCAAAGAAAAUUCACGGUACCAAUUUGAAAAUUAAAAAAGUGUCUAAAAAAUCUAACUUAUCACCAAGUGUAGUAGCACCUAUAGAAAUCCCAGUCUUAGAAGCAAAUGAAGUUAAGAAGAAAGUAGAAGUAUCUUCUCAAACCAACAAAGUAACUACAGAAACUACAAGUACUCAGACUAGCGGACCCUGCACACUUUCAAUGAAGACCAAUGUUCCUUUAAAUAGUGAACAAUCAGAAAACGCGUGCAAAUUCCUUACUAGCAUUGUGAAAACUACUUCAGAAUUGGGAACCUUGAUGACUCAAAAGUCUGAUGACUUUAUUCAAAAGAAAAUAAACACAACUAAUGUGGUAGACACUUUUAAGAUAGAUUAUUGUGUGAAGAAAUCAUUUUUAUUACUGAAACUUGCUAAACAUAAUAUUAUGCAAAUGGAAGAGGACUUAACCAAUCAAUAUGAAAAGUUUUUGCAAGAAAAUGACCUAUCAUCAUACAGGGAACAAGAGAAGAAAUUAGAGCCCACACCCAAAAAGGAAAAAGAAGAUAGUGAUAGUGACUGUGAAAUAGUUGGGGAAACUCCACCUCAAAAGGUUGAAGUAAAAAAAGAAAGCAAACCUAAAUUCAAUCCAAAAACAGUAUUUUUAAAUAAAGAACUUUCUAUCAAAAUUGCUAAAAAGCCAAGUGAAGAAGUCAAGAGCAAUAAAAAUAUUAAUAUCAAAGGCAGACACACUGUGUGGAUCAGUGAUUCGGUGAUGGUAAAGAAAGUAAAGGGCCCUCAGUCUUUUUUAGCCCAGGACAGCCGAAAUAAAAAACCCCCUGAUAAUAAAAUUACAGAAAAAAUGGUAAGUGAUUUUUUUGAGGAUUAUUAUCGCCAGAAAGCAUUAUUUACGUGUGCUCCAUUUGUAUCCACGGAAUGGUCUACCUGGCAACAUAACAGAUACAUCUGCCAAUAUUUUACUGUUGAACCUGAUAAUCUUACAAAUGGUAAUAUUUCUAGAACUGAGGAGAAUUUCACGGAUAAUGAAAGUAACCCAAGUGUGAGUGAAAGUGGCAAUGAACUUAGUGAGAAAAUUAAAUGUGAAGUUAGCAAAUUGAGCAACCCAACAACACUUUUAUCAAUUUGCUUGAAGAAUCUGCAUGAACACUUUUAUCUGACGGAACCUAGUGAUGUGAACAAUACUUUUCCCAUUCCCGAAUGCACGAAUGAUACUAGUGCAGCUCUGUUUUAUCAGCCGAAAACACUAUUUUCAUCAUGCUGUGAGCACCUAAAAAAAAAUGAGCAGAAUUCCAGGGCAGAAAAUAAGUUGUUAGUAAAUGCUUCUGUGAUUGUACCACAAAAUCUACCUUCCCAAAAAGGUAAUCACUUUAGAAUUGAAAAUGCAGAUGACGAUGACGACAAUCAAGAAGAGGACAUCAAAUUACUAAAUGCUUCAGAGAUCCUAUCCCACCCAAUCCCUUCUUUGAAAGCAUUGUGUUAUUUAAAAAUAACAUGCUGUGUGCAUCUAAACAAUGAGCAGAAUUUGAGGGCACAAAAUAAGUUGGUAAAUGAUUCUGAGAUUGUACCACAAAAUCUACCUUCUCUAAAAGGUAAUUACUUUAUAGUUGAAAAUUCAGAUGAAGAUAGCGACAAUCAAGAAGAGGAUGCUAAAUUACUAAAUGCUUCAGAGAUCCUAUCCCGACCUAUCCCUUCUUUGAAAGCAUUGUGUUAUUUAAAAAUAACUAAACUUGACUUUACAAAUUGCAUAAAAAGUGACAAUAAGACUGUCAUGUCUAAUAGUGAAAUUGAUGAAACUGAAUAUUAUGAAAGUGACUUCUCAUGUGAUGAUUCCAGCCAAGAAGUCAAGUCGCUGUCGACUUUAUGUGUUCAGAUAAUCCAACGAAGCCAAAAAGUUCUUCAGCCUAAUAAAUCAAGUGAUUUUUGUAUUAGGGACAGUUUCUCAUUUAGAUCUCCAAAUUCGUUGAUGCAUAUUGCUUUUAAAUGUAUAACAAGUUUACUAAAAGAAUGUCACAUAAGUGACCCUAACAAGUCACAAAUCGAUAUUGUAUGUCAUGUAACUCCCCGUAACGUAAAAAAACUAGCUGAUAUAUGCUUUGAUAUUGUAUCAAAGUUGUAUGAAGCUGACAAUUCUCAAGUAACUGUAAGUGCUGAAACCCCACCUAUAGCACUUACUAUCAAUGCGGUUAAUACACUCUCAGAAGAAGCAUUCCUUAAUAUUGAGGAAAAUACGAAUGAUCAAGAUAAUUCAGAUUAUUAUGAAGAUGAUGCUGGAACUCUUUACGAGGAUGAAUCCAUGGAACCUAAUUAUAAUGAAGAUGAAGAUGCCAAUCAUAGGGAAAAUGAAAGUUGGAUUUCUAAAGUACAGUUAAAAGAACUUAUGUCUUGUGCUGUAUCUGACAAACAGAAAAAUGGAUCAAAGUCCAUUCCAGAAAAUGAAAAUGUUCCUGUAGCAACUGAGAAUUAUCCUCUUAUUGCUAAUGUCAAAACUGAACUGGGCUUAGAGGAGAAACCUGCUAUUGCUGAGAACUUUGUUCCGUUUAUUAAAACUGAACCAGAUCAUUAUGUCGAUCAAAUGACCAUCAUUCCAGAAAGUGUUGUUACAAAAACGGAAUCUUUUGAUAAUGUUGAUCCGUUACCUGUUGGUAGAGAACCAAUUCAAAGACAAAAUAGCACAAGUUUUGAUGAAGAAAAUUUUGAAAAUUUCGUUAGGUGUAAUAAAAUGAUACAUGCUAUUAGCACUUACGAAAAUGAGAAUGAAGAAACAUUUAGUCAAAGUGCUUUGCGAGUCCGCAGACAGCAUGAACCUGAUUCUGAUAACGAAAAUGACACAAGUAUGAGUUUACUAGUACCGCAUACAUUUGAGGCUCUCACUGUUGAAUCUGCUAAAGGAAGCCUUCUAGAAAACAGCGAGAGUGACAGUGAAAAUGUUGGUAAAAAGAACAACAAACGAAAACCUGGUAGACCUAAAACAAAGAAGCCUCAGCCUCCAAAACAAACCAAAGAAGUACCUGCAAAAGAAAAUAAAGAAGUACCUUCAAAAGAAAACAAAGAAGUCCAGUCAAAAGAACAUAAAGAGGUACAGUCGAAAGACAAACCUGUUCCUGUUAAUGAGCUAGCUAUACUCACUAGACGAAUGCGAGAACGAAUUAGACAAGAAGAGAAAAAAGGCGAGUCAUCAGAUUCGGAUUCUGAAAACGUGGCACAAACCUCAAAGCAGGAAAAAGAAACAAAGAAAGAAACGAGACGUUCGCGAUUGGCUGCUAAAAACAACAAGAAUGUGGAUGAUGAGAUACAGUGUAAUAAUGUAGAUUCAACAGAGCAAAUAACGGAUACUACUGCCAAUAAAUCCAAAGAUGAAACUGGAACUAAUCCCAAAGAAGAUAAUAAGUUCACUGGAUUUAGUGCCGUUGAUCAAAAUGAAAUUUCUACAUAUCAUAAAUACGUUAAAUAUGUUUAUGACCAAAUUUUACCAAAAGUAAAUGAAGAGACUGAAUUGAAAACUACAGAAGAAAAUUCAAACAAAGAUGAAAAGACAAAGGAUAAUAAAAAAGAGUCAGAUGAGAUAAUCAAUUCACAGGAACCAAUAGAACUUUUAGAAUGCACACCUACAAUGCCAAUAUUUGAGGAGGAAGAGGCUAAACCUAAUCGAAAAUCUAUCACAAAAUCACCAGGCAAAAAGAAAGAAGCGAAACAUGCUAAAGAAGAAUUAGUAAGCAAAGACAAAGGAGAUGCUAAACACGACAAUGAUGCUAAAAAAGAACUAUUUGGCAAAGUAACUGAGAAAAGCGAAUUAUUCACUGAACGCAAUGGAUGGAAAUGUUAUCCGAUUCUCAGUAGUGACACAAAACUUUAUGAACAAAUUCCCAUCAUUGCCUUGGAAAAAUUACCAGAAUCUUUUGUUCAGACAUAUUUUGAAUAUCAAGAUAUAGCUGUAAAAAGCAAAGACGACGAAGAAAUAGAUAGAUUGACAAACCUUCAGUCCUUGAAUAGGGUAUCUAGUGUAAAGAAACCUAGAGCUCGCAGAGAAAAAGUGCCAGGUGAAGAGCAAGACAAGUCUUUCCAAGAUGGCAAUGACCGACCGGAAAGCCCUGCAGACGCAGGCCAUUACAAUGAAUUGUUGCCUUCUGAAGAUGAAGGUGAUAACUAUGAGGACGAUUUUACAACACCAGGUCCAGAUGCUACGGAAAACAAUAUGGCGAAAAAUUUGCUCAUGAAUGAUGAUGAUGAUGAAGACGACACACCACUAUCUCACAGAAAAAUCAAGAAUGAAGUUGAUGGCGAUGCCACCUUUAAAAAAAAGAGGCCUGGACCGAAAUCUAAAACAGUUGAUAUAAAACAGGAGCAUCCAGAUUCGUUAAUGCUUACGGCAGACAAGAUGAUGAACAAAGAAUUGACCCUUUUACAUGCACCAGUAGUUUUGGAUAACGAAAAUGCGAAAACACCUGUUAAAGGUCCUCUUACAAGAAAUAAACCGAGAAGUGGUACAAAGAGUGGUGGUAAGGGAGAGCGAAGAAAGUCCGAUGAUUCCUCAUCAGAGGAAGAAAAGCAAUGGGUAAAUACUAAAGAAAAACUUCUAAAGAGAAUGGGAAAAAAACAAGAAACUGCAAUGGAAGACGAUGCUAAGCGGGCUAAACUCGUGAGUGAAUUCAUAGAACGACGGAACACAAGUGACAAACCGUUGAUAUUGAAUCAUAAAACUCGCGGUCGAUCCAGACGUUCUAGGAAAAAGAUGUUGGAGAGGCAAAAGCAGAUGAGAGUGCUGUCGUAUGAGCUACUCGGAGAAGCGGGGCCGCAUGGUCCAAAAGGAAACUCCGCAGCAUAUUUCAAGGGACGCCGUAAUAUUAGGAAGGUCAUUGAUAAGAAAUCCUUGGCCCGGAGUACUGUGAUAGCUAACAUGGAGGAAUUCGAGAGAAAGCGAAGACUGAGCAUGAAACAGAAACAACUGGAAGAAAUAUUAGGCUGCGAAGAGGGCGUAAAUGUCAUAGUGACUAAUGACGAAGUUUGUUUGGAGUACGACUUCAAUGUAGGCCAGCCUGCGGUCACUGUGCAUCCGUUCUUUACCAAAGUUAUGAAAGCGCAUCAGUAUGAAGGUGUCAAAUUCAUGUGGGAUGCCUGUUUCGAAAGCCUGGAGCGCGUUCAAUCAGGCCACCCAGGCGGCGGCUGCAUAUUGGCCCACUGCAUGGGACUCGGGAAGACCUUGCAAGUCCUAGCCCUCUUACACACAGUAUUAACGCACCCAGGCGUGGGCAUGCGCCGUGUCCUCGUCUGUUGCCCGCUGUCGACGGUGUUGAACUGGGUCGACGAAAUACACAAGUGGAUCGGACCUGUCACGGACGAAAUAAAGCCAAAUAAAAUGCGACGGAAGCUACAGGUUUUUGAACUAUCAAAGCUAAGAAAAACCUACGAGCGAGCGUACCAAUUAGAGGACUGGUAUAACGGAGGCGGCAUUUUCAUCAUCGGCUACGAAUUGUUCCGGAGUCUGACAACCCUGGACGCCGAACUUGAUGACGUUAGACAAACUAUCAUAGACAAGAUACGCACAGCCCUACUCGACCCCGGCCCGGACAUUAUAGUUUGUGAUGAAGGACACUUGUUGAAGAACGAUUGCUCGGUCCUAGCGGUCGCUAUGAGCAGGGUUGCCACUCGUAGAAGGAUUGUGCUGACGGGAACGCCGAUGCAGAAUAAUUUGAGAGAGUAUUAUUGCAUGGUGAACUUCGUUAAGCCGAAUCUGCUUGGGACGUACUCGGAAUAUUCUAAUAGAUUUGAAAACCCCAUAAUGAAUGGUCAGCACCGAGAUUCCGUGGUUGAAGACAUAAAGCUAAUGAAGGCCCGUACCCAUAUCCUCCACAAAGUAUUAGAAGGCUGCCUCCAAAGGCAGGAGGCCUCCGUACUAUACCCUUAUCUGCCAAAGAAACACGAAUACACAGUAUUCAUAUCUCUAACGAAAUGCCAAUGUGACUUGUACAAGCAUUACCUCAAUGUGUACGCGAAUAAGAAUAAGCAGAGUAUUUUGAAGGACUUCCAUACCUUGCAGAAGAUAUGGUCGCAUCCUCAGGUGCUGCAUAAUUUCAAUAUGAAAGCAAGGGACGAGAAGAUUAAAGUUAAAGCUGAGAAAUUAGAAGAUGAUCUAGCGCGCGAAGAUCUGACCGCCAGCGAGGACAUCAAGCCCUCCAGCACCGACGUGUGGUGGUUACAGUAUCUCGAUGGCGGCGACAUGUUGGAACGACUCGAGAGCUCCAACAAGUUCAUCACCGUCUUCAGGAUCUUGGAGGAAGCCGUUGCGUUGGACGACAAAGUUUUGAUAUUCUCGACGUCACUGAUCACCAUGGACUCGCUGGAGUACUUCCUGAAGAAGAUCAACAACUGGAGCCUCGGACAGGAGUACUACCGGCUCGACGGCUCCGUGCCGCCCGAGGUGCGCCAGAAGUGGUGCCGCGAGUUCAACGCCGAGCACAACUACAAGACGAAAUUGUUCCUAAUCUCAACCCGCGCCGGUUCCCUUGGUCUGAACAUGACGGCUGCCAACCGCGUCAUCAUAUUGGACACGUCGUGGAACCCGGCCCACGACAUACAGAGCAUCUUCCGAGUGUACCGCUUCGGACAGAAGAAGGACUGCUUCAUUUACAGACUGGUGGCGUUGGGCACUAUGGAACAGAAGAUCUACGAACGAGCCGUGACGAAACAGGCGGUGUCAUGUCGCGUGGUGGACGAGCAGCAGAUCGACAGACACUACAACAUGGCCGAGCUGACCGAGUUAUACAGGUUCGACGAGACGGGCACGAGCGUGGCCGGCGGCGUGGCGGUGGGCGUGCAGGACGUGGUGCUGCUGCGCGUGGCGCGCGACGCCGCGCUGCACGCCGUGCACGAGCACGACUCGCUGCUGCGCGGCUCCGAGGCCGCGCUGUCCGAGCACGAGCGCGCCGCCGCCUGGCAGCAGUUCCAGCAGGAGACGCAGCACAACCAGAUGCCGCAGGGUAAAGUACCCAAAAAAGAGAAAAAAGCAGCUAAAAGAAGCCUUCCCCUGGUUCCGGUUCCGAAUGUUAAGUCGACGCUGCCCGAAGUCAAACCGGAACCUCACAACGACGCAGAAUACACGCCUACUGAGCCUAAACCGAAGCGAGGGAGGAAGAAAAUCAUUAACUGCCGCAUCCCGAUCCAAACCACACCCCAGCCGUCCACCAGCAGCCAGCCAGACUACUUCGUGGACAGGGGGCAGGAAACCGACAUCGUUGCCCAGAUCUCACAGAUUCUAGUCAGUCACGAUUUCAAUAAUAGGAGAACGUCGCGGGACCUGUCCAAACUUAUAUCGACUGUCCAGCAAGUCGUCGCGAGCGGGGACCUGAGCAGCCUCCCGCCCGGGGACGAGGCAGCCACGGCCAUCGCACAGAUACUGCUGCGGAAGCAUUCCCCCGUCGCGGCGCCGCCCAUGCCGGCCCUCACCGACAUACGGACCCCUCCGGCCCUCGUUGACAUACGGACCCCUCCGGCCCUCGUUGACAUACGCACCACCCCGGCCCUCACCGACAUACGGACCGCUCCGGCCCUCACCAACAUACAGACCCCUCCGGCCCUCACCGAUGUACAACAUACGAUACCUAGCAAUCAACCACUGGAACAAGAAGACGCAGAAACCAUCACUGGCGAUCUAACCUCCAAACCGGACGCCAACGUAAAAAGGAAAAGGCGAGCGGCCGUGUCAGCGCAGAAGAAAUUCGACACUAUAGCGGACGACGUAGUUAUAGAUCUCAACGACGACGACUGGCGGAACGAUGACGAUUUCAUCGUCGCGCCGACUCGAAACCCGGAGCCAGAAAAAGUAGAAAGAAAAGAAAAGAAAUACAAACCGGGCCCGAAGAGUAAAAAGAAACCGACCGAAAUCCCACCGGUCGAGACGCCUCAGCAGCUAGCGCAGACGAUUCAACAAUCCAUAAAUGUAGAAGAAAGUAUUCUGCUAAGCGACGACGAUAUCGUGCCUGAAAGUCGGCCACCGCCCGUGACAGUCAAACAAGAGCCCUCGACAAAGAAGGGCGAUGAAGAGAAGUACCCGCUUCACCCGUCGCUGCUCACGAACGAGAACUUCAUUAAGAUUGUGGCGCACACAUACUUGGCCGGGAACCCGAUGCUGGACGAGGACGCGGCCACGCUGGCGGCGCGGUACAGCACCAGCAAGGCGCUGCGCGAGACCGAGGCCACCGGCAAGCCCAUCGAAAGCGGACCCAUCUACGACAUCGCUGUCCAGGUUCUAGGCAUCGACAUCCUCAAAAAGCUGCACACCAGCGGCCCCACCGCCGACGCCAAGACCAACAAACAAAACCAAAAAGCACUCUCAGACACCGAGAAAAAGCUUAGCGUCGCCACGGCCACCCCUGAGCCUAAACAGGGUCUACUCAAACCGAAGGUCACGUCGGACUUGAUGCCUAAGGAGAGGAAGCCGAUGAUAGCUAACUUGGGGCGCGUGAAGUUGACGCCCGUCACGCCGGUCAUCGCGGCGCCGGUCGUCGUGCCUGUGGGCCUGAUAAAAAACACCAGCAACUCUGGCGCGGUGGCCGAGGAGUGCAUCCUGCCCGACGACGACGACGUGCACGUGGUCGCCGAGCCCGCGCCGCCCCGCCGCGCGCCGCUGCCGCUCCACAGUGCCGGCGCCGGCGCCGGGCGGCUCUUGCAGGACGAGCGACUCCUCACCAACAUUAAAGUGCCCAUCGCCCCGGCGCCCCAGGCACCACCGGCGCCCGGCGCCGCCAAGAUCAAGGUCGCCGGGAGCAGGCCCGCGCCCGGCCCGCCCGCCGGCACCAUCUGCCUCGACAGCGACGACGAGGACGCCGCGCCGCCCGUGCCCGUCACGCUCACAGCCGCCACCGGCGCCCGCCUCGAGCUGCAGAUGCCGCACGAGACCCCGCUGCGGCCGGCGCGCGUGGAGCCCGUGCUCGACGUGGACUACUACAUCGGCGACGGCAACCCGCACGCCCCGCCCCCGGCCCCGGGGCCGUCGCGCCGGCUGGCCAGGCUCGCCCCGAAGCACGCGCCCGCCACCGUCUGCAAGCCGGGCGACAUCAUCCGCAUCGGCAAGACCGGGAUGGUCGAGGUGCUGAGCAAGGUGGACUCCGUUCCCGUCUCCAUCGGCCGGGGCGCACGCCCCGCCCCCGGAAAACCCGCCGGCGAAAGGGUCUCACCCGCCGCGGGACCAAAAUCUGCGCAGUCGAAGAUAGCCAUUAAUUCGGCGUCGCACGCAGCCGCUCCUAAACUGACGGAGCCAAAAACGGCUCCGAAACCGAUGGAGCCAAAAACGGCUCCGAAACCGACGGAGCCAAAAACGGCUCCGAAACCGACGGAACGAGUCACACCUAAGCCGGCGGCGAAACCUGCUCCCAAACCGGCCGAGAAAGUCGCCCCGAAACCGGCGCUUGAACCGACGGAGAAACCCGUCCGUGUAGACAGCGGCAGCAGCUCGAGCUCCCGCUCCGCCAGCCCCGUGGACGCGGACCCGCUGUCCAUCCUCAAGGACGUGGUGCAGAUCCCGGCCGACCGCUACCAGAGCAUCCUCAGCGGACAGACAACCGCCGAGCCCUACCAGAGCACCCCCAAAUCGAGCUCUUCCAAGCCGACCCCCCAGGCUACACCUUCCAAAGUAAACACGACUAAAAAACCUCCCGAGAAACAACCUAGUAUACUCCAAAAAUUAAAUGCGUUAAAAGACAUAAAGGCAAAGGAAAUACUUAAGAAAACAGCCGAGAAACCGAAAAAGACCAUAACCAUUACUAAGAGCUCGAGCGCAGUGUUCGACUCCGUAGAUUUAACAGACGUCGUUGCCGCGCCUGCGCCAGAGAGCAAACCUGAUAAAGUCGCUAGCAAGAGCUCGGUGACGACUAAACCGAGCAAGAAGAUUGAAACAGUGGUCGGGACGUCUAAGAACAUCAUAUUGACUACUAAGAACAAAAUUGCCGUGGGACCAGCGCCGCCUAGCUCCAAGAGCUCGGUGCGCGUGACGAACAUGGAGACGCUGGCGCCGGCCACGGUCAAGGGCCGCGUCGACAAGAAGCGGCCCGCCAUCAAGCAGGAGCCAGAGGCGCCCAAGAGGAAAAAGACUGAACCCAUGACACUCAAGGAUUUCGACAUAGAUGACAUUGACGACAUCAUCGAGUUGGAAUAAAGAAACACUGAAAAUACUUAUCUGGAAAAUACAAAAAGAACUCCCCCUGAUUCUUUGAACACUAAAUACACAGGGCCAAUAAAAAGUUUCUAACUAGGCGGUAUUUACAUAAGUUGAUAAAUAAACACAUCGUGAUCUCUUUUCUCAUGCAAUGCUGCCCUGAAGUGCUAAGAUGGUAGGCUCUUUAUCAUUUGUCACCAUGCCUGUCACGUUCUAAUAAGUAUGUAAGAUCGAAAGUGACGGACAUAGUGACGAGUGAUAAAAAUGGAACCAUGAUACCGCCGCUGAUUACUGCUAGUGUGGUAAACACGACUUUUAAAUUAUUCUAGCUUAGUGCACCCUGACGAUGUACUUCAGUUUGAAAGCUAUUUUGAUUGUAUGAUUUUACGUAAUCUUUUGAAUAUAUAAUUUGGUGCUUUGGUUCGUAACACAUACAUUUGGUCUAAAUAAAGAAUUUCUUAAACUGUCAAAAUUUUAGCUUGCCAUCGUUUCAUAAUAUGACGACUGAAUUAUUUCAAAGAACAUUUAUCGACAACCUGUGGGGAAACUAUUGACAAUUUGUUAUGUUCUGCAGGUAAAAGUGUUUCGAAUAUUAUGAUAGAAAUAAGUAUAAGCAUGAUUUUAUAAAAUUAAGUACACAGCGAGUGUUUAAAAUCCUAAUAAGUUACGGAAUGUUAUUUUAUUUUGAUUAUGUUACUAUUUCGUUGCAUACAAGGUGUAACAGAAACUGGUGGGGAUCGAAUUAAGGGUAUAUUCGGUAUCAUGUUAGGAAAAAGUAGAAAAAAAUGUUUCGCGUCAAAAAAGUUUUUCUUUUACUUUUUCCUAAUCACAACCCGAAACCAAAUAUGCCCUUAAUCUGAUGCCCACUAGUCUUUGUUACACCUUGUAGAUAACAGUCUUGUUUGAAAAAAUAUUGUUUUGGUUAUUAUGAUAUAACAAUAAAGAUAUGUCUCUAUCUUGUUUUAUCACUAAGUUCUAGAUGUCCUGUAAAUACUUUAUGUAAUAAGGCUUGUAUUGAUUGUAUCUGAUUGUGAUCUAACUUUUUAUUUUUCAUAAGUGAUGGUGGAGUACUGUAUGUGUAGCUAGAAUACUUUGGUCGAUUGUAAAAGCUAAGGCAAGUGUGUAUUGAAUGUACAUUUUAUUUUUUAUUUUAAUAAUUAUAGAAUACAUUUGUCUUGGACUUUAGAAAUUAUAAAGUGAUUAUAAUGCGCUCAAGCGCGUAAAAAUAUGCUUAGACGAUUAUAGUAGUGAAUGUAAUAGGCAUUGCUCUUCGUACAUUUGUUGGUUACUUCGCAACUAAUUGAAAUAAAUAAUGACUUCGAA